CAGGAAUGGACAGUUUAAUUAAUAACCACCAUCCAUUUCUCCCUGACCUCAGCUGGUUACACAUGUUCUGACUGGAGCCCAGACAGAAGCAACUUAGUGUUCAUUAGCAAAUACUGAUUGAGUUGCAGCUCACAGUGUGGAUAUCAGAAACAAGGCUGAAAAAGAGGAACGUUAGCAAGCAGGGAUUCAGCAACACAUUCUGAAAGGGAAAGCUGAAAGGGACAAGGCAACCACUGAACCUCUCUCUCCACAUGUGGGAGGAAAGACCUAUCAGAUCAGAGGCUUACUACUGCUCAGCAGCCCAGUUCAACCUGUCUUUUCUGAGUUGGUGCUCAGCGACCCUCCUGAAUGAAUGAGUGGGUGGGCCCCGACAUCAAUGUGGUGGAACCACUGGAAAUCCCACCCAGCGAUGAAUUCUCCAUCUCCGAGAGCACCCACCUGUUCGAUAUUCUGGCAGAUCAAGGCAGUCCUCUCCUGCAGGAUCCUGACAUCUUACCCUUCACCAGCUAUCCCAGCAUGCAGUACUCAUCCAUGGAGCCAGCCAUGUCUUCCACACCAUACUACUCCAGUCAGAACUACUACCCUCCCUACAACGGAGAUGAAUGGUACUCACACACGGGGAUAUAUGAACUGAGGAAAGGACCCCUGGAGGUCAGCUAUGGUGCAGAGAUGGAAGAGAUGUCCACUGUGGUGCCUGCUGUGUGCAAGAGGACCCGGCACAUGACGCAGGCUGGAAGGGUCAAAGGGGAGGAACUUUGUGUUGUGUGUGGAGACAAGGCCUCUGGAUACCAUUAUAAUGCGCUCACCUGUGAGGGAUGUAAAGGUUUCUUCAGACGGAGCAUAACAAAGAACGCUGUGUACAAAUGCAAGAGUGGGGGAAACUGUGAAAUGGACAUGUAUAUGCGCAGGAAAUGCCAAGAGUGUCGGCUACGAAAGUGCAAAGAGAUGGGCAUGCUGGCUGAAUUGAAGCCUCCAUCGCUGCUGGCAGGCCUGCUGACAGAGAUCCAGUGUAAAUCUAAAAGGCUGCGAAAGAACACCAAGGCCUCCCCGGGCCAGUCGACUGGAGAUGAGACAGAGGGGGCAGACAACACGGACAACAAACAGGUCACCUCGACCACCAAGCUGUCGAAGGAAAAGGUUGAAAUUACUAAGGAUCAGCAGGCACUGGUGAAAAUCAUUGUAGAAGCUUACAACAGACAUCAGAUUCCUCAAGAUGUGACCAAAAAAUUGCUACAAGACCAGUACAGUGCAGAGGAAAACUUCCUCCUCUUGACAGAAAUGGCAACAAACCAAGUUCAAGUUCUUGUGGAGUUUACAAAAAAUAUUCCAGGCUUCCUCUCUCUGGAUCGUGAGGAUCAGAUUGCUUUGCUGAAGGGCUCGGCUGUGGAGGCCAUGUUUCUGCGCUCCGCUCAGGUUUUCAACAGGAAGAUGCCCAGUGGGCACACAGAAGUUUUGGAGGACAGGAUACGCAAAAGUGGCAUCUCAGAGGAAUUCAUCACACCCAUGUUCAACUUUUACAAAAGCAUCGGGGAGCUCCACAUGGUGCGGGAAGAACAGGCUCUCCUCACCACCAUAACCAUCCUGACACCAGAUCGGCCUUAUGUGAAGGAUCAGCAGGCUGUUGAGAGACUUCAGGAGACCAUGCUGGACGUGCUGAGGAAGAUGUGCGUCCUGCAGCAUCCACAGGACCCGCAGUACUUUGCUCGUCUCCUGGGCCGCCUGACGGAGCUGAGGACACUCAGCCACUACCACGCAGAGAUGCUCACAUCCUGGAGAAUGAACGACCACAAAUUUACCCCGCUGCUUUGUGAGAUCUGGGAUGUGCAGUGACUCACCAGAAGUGAACGGAAACAUCGGGAUGGUAACUUUUCACUUGGAAGACAGAGUCAUGGUUCAGCUGCAGUGAAUAUUUAUACUGGAUCAUGUGACGAUCUGGAAUUAUAAUUUCCAUGCAACCUGUCUCCUGUGUGGCCUGACUUUCUUGGAGUUAGUCGUGUGUUGACUCUGUGAAUGGUUUAGGUUAGUUUUUUAUGACUCACUACAUCAUUGUGUCUGUUUGCUGUCAUUCUUGAGACUUGUCUUAUUGUUGAGACGACUGAAAUAACUUCUUUUUGUUGUGUACACCAUGUAACGCGUCUUGAAGUCCCAGCAUGAUUAAUCAGACAAGAACAAACACUGGAAAUUAUUCAAAGCAAGGAUGGUGCUCAAGUUUAGAUUAUAUUGAAUUUAAUAAUAGAUUCAUUUAUUUUUUAUUUGUAAAACUCAUAGUGCUCUCUACAUGUAUUUGCUGUAAAUACACAAAUGAUGUAUGUUCUGUCUCAAUAAAUAACAAAAUUAACAUGAAAAAAGAUUUAUGU